GCCUUCCAAAACGAAGAUGUCACUCAUGUCACAUGAGUCGAUGUGUUGGUUGUGACGUUUGGAUACAAAUGAGCCAACCAACCAAACCGAAAGAGAAGAGAAGAUAAGAUGGCCUCUCUUCUCUCUCCCGCCACGUCCACCGCCACCGCCACCACCACGGCCGCCGCAUGCUUCUCCGCUCCCACUCCCCCUUCAUCGCAAAACAGCCUUUUUCUCCUCAGCCGCCGGAGUUACAUGAUGAGAUGCAGUUUUUCCCCGCAGAACAUUCCUCUUGUUGAUACUCUUUCUCACCUCCCUGUUUUCCUUGAAUUCCAGAAUUCCCUCGACACCUUUUCGGAUACCCAGAAAUGGGGAUUCUUUGUGUCCUCUGGCCUUGUCUGGUUUUACCUCACGGCGAGGCCUGGUGUUCUCAUCGGCGCCAUUGACGCCUACCUUCUCGCUCCCCUCCAGCUUGGCCUCGACACUCUUUUUGGGACUAGGACGUUGAAGAGGUCAAAUUUCUUGGUCACUGAGAAACUCGGCGAAGGCUCUUUCGGCGUGGUCUAUGCCGGCGUCCUACUCCCCAAGAAUUCUAGUGUUGAUGAUGACGUUAGGGUCAGCAAGGCAAGAGCUAAAGCCAUGGACUUUACCGGCGAAUUCAAACAGAGAGUCAUUCUCAAGAAGGUGAAGGUAGGAGUACGAGGUGCCGCGGAAUUCGGCGACUACGAAGAGUGGUUCAACUACAGACUCUCAAGGGCGGCCCCUGAGACCUGUGCUGAGUUUCUCGGAAGCUUUGUCGCCGACAAGACCAAUACUAUGUUUACAAAAGGCGGCAAAUGGCUUGUCUGGAGGUUCGAGGGAGACCGUGAUCUCGCUGAUUACAUGAAAGAUCGGAGCUUCCCGUCCAAUCUGGAGUCCAUCAUGUUUGGUCGCGUUCUCCAAGGAGUGGAGUCUGUGAAACGUCGUGCUUUGAUCAUCAAGCAGGUAAUGCGCCAGAUCAUUACAUCUCUCAGGAAAAUCCAUGGUACCGGCAUUGUUCACAGGGACGUCAAGCCUGCCAACCUGGUGGUUACAAAGAAGGGCCAGAUUAAGCUCAUCGACUUUGGUGCUGCUGCUGAUCUUCGCAUUGGCAAGAAUUACAUCCCUGAACGCACAUUGCUGGAUCCCGACUACUGUCCUCCUGAGCUCUAUGUCCUCCCUGAGGAAACGCCUACUCCUCCUCCCGAGCCUAUAGCCGCUUUGCUUUCCCCGAUUCUGUGGCAGUUGAAUAGUCCCGAUCUCUUUGAUAUGUACUCUGCUGGGAUUGUGCUUCUGCAAAUGGCGGUUCCCACCUUAAGAUCUACUGCGGGUCUGAAGAAUUUUAAUUUGGAGAUCAAGUCAGUUGAAUAUGAUCUUAAUAGAUGGAGGGACAGGACUCGGACGAGGCCAGACUUGAGCAUUCUAGAUCUCGACUCCGCCAGAGGGUGGGACCUCGUCACUAAGCUCAUAUCCGAGAGAGGUUCUCUGAGACGCGGACGCCUUUCAGCUGCUGCUGCUCUCAGACACCCUUAUUUUUUGUUGGGUGGUGAUCAAGCGGCCGCUGUUCUUUCAAAGCUCAGUUUCAGCAAGUGACAUGCUUUUAUUCUUAUGUUGUAAAUGUUCACAAUAACACAACUCUGUUCCAUAAAUACAUAUUUCUGGUAUAUUCUCUGCUCC